UAAUUUUUUUCACUUCUGCUGGAGUCGACGUAGCGGAAAAACGCGAAUUAUAUAUUUUUUUAAAACUUGAUUUCGACUAAUAAUGCACAAGUUUUGUGCCUAAUUGCCAGCAGAACGUGUAGAAUAGCAUAAGAGUACAAAAAAUGGGCCAAAAAGUGUCGCGCACCGACUUUGAAUGGGUGUAUACAGAGGAGCCGCAUGCCUCGCGCCGGAAAAUAAUAUUGGAGAAAUACCCGCAGAUAAAGAAACUCUUUGGACAUGAUCCCAAUUUCAAGUGGAUAGCGGGGAGCAUGGUGCUCAUUCAGAUAUUAACGCUAUUCGUUGUCAAGGACUUGUCAUGGCCAUGGCUAAUUGCUUUGGCCUAUUGCUUUGGCGGCAUACUAAAUCACUCGCUUAUGUUGGCCGUGCAUGAGAUAUCGCACAAUCUAGCCUUCGGCCACGGCCGACCAAUGCACAAUCGCAUUUUUGGAUUUGUCUGCAAUUUACCCAUUGGUCUGCCCAUGAGCAUAUCGUUCAAGAAAUAUCAUUUGGAACAUCAUCGCUACCAAGGCGAUGAAGUGAUUGAUACGGAUAUACCGACACUAAUGGAGGCAAAACUGUUCGACACUACCUUUGGCAAAUUCAUCUGGGUGUGUCUGCAGCCUUUCUUCUAUAUAUUCCGUCCGCUUGUGAUCAAUCCAAAGCCACCAACACGUCUGGAAAUCAUCAAUACAAUCGUACAGUUGAGCUUCAAUGCGGCCGUAGUCUACUUUGUCGGCUGGAAAGCAAUGGCGUACUUAGUCAUUGGCUCCAUACUGGCCAUGGGACUGCAUCCGGUAGCAGGACACUUUAUUUCCGAGCAUUAUAUGUUUGCCAAGGGCUUUGAAACGUAUUCCUACUACGGUCCUCUUAAUUGGAUUACAUUCAACGUCGGCUAUCACAACGAGCAUCAUGAUUUUCCUUCAGUGCCGGGCUCGCGCUUGCCCGAAGUGAAACGCAUUGCCAAGGAGUUCUAUGAUACGAUGCCACAGCAUACCAGCUGGACUCGUGUGCUCUAUGACUUUGUCAUGGAUCCGACAGUGGGUCCAUAUGCGCGUGUUAAGCGCAAGCAACGUGGUCUGGCCUCCUAGACUGGAUCGAUUGCUGACUCCUCAAUGAUUUUACUAGUGGUUUCUAAAAUGGCAUUCAGUAAUCUCAGCGUCUAGAGCAUAUGGAUAUUUUAGCAAAGCGUCUUUAUAAUUGUUUAUAAAUAGCUAGGCCAACAAGCAUCAAACCACAUCAGCGCCUGCUCGGGGAGAUAAGAUAACAGGCAAUUACUCGCACCGGCUGUAUAACAAAAACAACAACAACUAUAACUACAACAAAUGAAAAUUGUACACAGUUUAUAUUUAUAUAUUAUAUGUGUGUAUGUUCUCUAGUAUUAAGUUUGGUGUACAAGUGAAGCUUAUUAUCGUUGGCACGCCAAUUGUUGAGCGCUUUUAAACUAUUAUUGUUACCUCAUCACUUAAUUACAUGCAAGUUGAAUUUAGAUUGUAAUACAUUUCCUAAAAGGCUAAACUAGCGUUUAGUAUUUUCUAUACAAUAUUUAUAAAUUGUCGCUUUGUGCAGCCGCAAUAACAACAACAACAACAACUAUUUUUGAUAGCCUCUUGUAACUGAUAACCAAAGUGUAUAAAAUAAAUUCAAGUCAACUCAACUACCAAUUGUUAUACAAAUGUAUGUGUUUAUAUAAGUGUGCAUGUAUGUAUAUAUCCAGUGUCUGCGUAAAUAUAACUUUAAUUAACCGAAAAUUGCUUUGCAAACA